AGACAAUGACAAAGGCCACCAUAGCCCAUAGGUAAGCAUUAAGCAGUUUCCAAACCUUGGAAGUAUCUACCCAAAACACUUCGUAAGUUGUAAGGUUUCCUCCCAUCAAAAAAACAAGUGUAAGCUUUCCUACUUAGUCCUAGAAAUCAGAAUCACCAUAGCCAUGGCUGUGAAACCCAGCAAUCAAGAUGCAUCACCUGCUUUUGUAGAAACAGUAGAGGAAAUCAUGAAACUCUACCGAUCACUGCCUUCAAGACCCUCCAUUGAAGAAGUUGAAGCCGCCAUGUCUGUGAUUGAGACUGUCAACGGUGAAGAGAAACAGAGGCUUGAGGAAAUAUCAAAGCAAGACUGUCCUCGAGACGUCCCUGAGGAGCUCUUCUCUGUUCUGCAACAGUUCAGGAGGACCAUGGUGGAAUUUCAAAGCAAUGAACAGCGGAAGGAGGCAUUUCACUUGGUUGAAGUUGAUAAGAUGUUUGGGACAUUUGAUGGUUUGAUACAAAGAGCUUCCUUGUUGGUUUCUGGAGAUACCCAGAAAGAAGAAGUGGUUGCUUUCUCUGACUCUGAUGAGAAAAUUGGGAGAGAAAGUUUGGUUAAUGAAGAAAAUUUGAUCAAUAGAAGGGAAGAUGGAGAACUAGAGAAAGAUGGCUUCAAGGGUUUGGUGAAAAGUUCUUCCACCAAGGCAACUUUCUUUUCAGGUGAAGGUGAACCUGAGAAAUUGAGUCUAAUGAUGGUGGCAGCUAUCAUAGAAAACUCUGCAAAAACUGAAGCUUUAGUUCUUGAUCUCAAAGGCAAGUUGAUGGAUGGAAUUGAGUGGCUUCCUUUCUCAAUUGGGAAAUUGUCAUUUGUUACUGAGCUGGACUUAUCUGAAAACCGAAUCAUGGCACUUCCAUCAACCUUUGGUAGUCUCAAAGCCUUAACAAAGCUUGAUAUCCACUCAAAUCAGAUAAUAAAUCUUCCUGAUUCAUUUGGGGAGCUAAUUAGCCUGAUGGAUCUCGAUCUGCAUGCAAAUAGAUUAAAGUCACUGCCAUCUUCUUUUGGGAAGUUGUCGAACCUCAUAAAUCUUGAUUUGAGCUCCAAUCAGUUCACUCAUUUGCCAGAGACCAUCGGGGAUUUGACUGGCUUGAAGAUGUUGAAUGUAGAAACAAAUGAACUAGAGGAGAUCCCAUACACAAUUGGAAACUGCUUGUCACUCAUGGAGCUGAGAUUAGAUUUCAAUCAGCUCAAAGCUCUUCCUGAGGCUAUUGGAAAAGUUGAAAGCUUAGAGAUUCUUACUCUUCAUUACAAUAGAAUUAGAGGGUUGCCAACAACAAUGGGUAACCUUGUCAAUUUGAGGGAACUUGAUGUUGGCUUCAAUGAGCUUGAAUCUAUACCCGAAAACGUUUGUUUUGCAAUACGUCUUAAGAAAUUGAUUGUGGCAAACAACUUUGCAGACUUGAGAGAAUUGCCACGAUCCAUCGGAAAUCUUGAGAUGCUUGAAGAGUUGGAUAUAAGUGAUGAUCAGAUAAGAGUCUUACCAGAUUCUUUCAGGUUUUUGUCAAAAUUGAGGGUUUUUCGUGCUGAUGAGACUCCUUUGGAAGUUCCACCAAGACAAGUAGCUAAAUUGGGUGCUCAGGCUGUUGUUCAGUUCAUGGCUGACCUUGUUGCCAAGAGAGACACUAAAUCUCAACCAUCAAAGAAGAAGAAGAAGGGAUUUUGGUACACAGUCUGCUCAAUCUUCUGGCCAUUCAGGAGGAAUUCCCAAUAAUUUUUCAUCGAUUCGAGCUUCAUGUGCAUAAGUUGAAACGUUUGUUCCUUUAUCAACUACUUUUUCUAUCCUAAGGUUUCUUCUUGUAUCAUUCCUUCAGAUCCCAGAAUUGCCAUAUCUGGUUUUCUCAGCUGAAUUGUAAUAAGAAACAUUAUGACACAUUCCAUGUGAUGCAAAAUACUUGCUAGUUUAUGCAACCAUUUUGUGUAUAUGAAAUGCUUAUAAAAUGAUAAUUUCUAUUCAUCAAUA